CUCGUUAUUUCUGGGCUUCUCAUUUGGCUGGCCCUAGAUAGGGAUCUUUUCCAUCCUGGUGUUGUGCUUUGCUCGACACCGUAGAACUUGUUGCGGGCACAGGCAUGCUCAGGGUCAGAAACGCUGCAGAGUAUCAUGUUAUUACGGACAGGAACAAACAAAGUUGGAGGAUACUUCACUCCUAAAUGGCUGUUUCUGGGCAUAUACGUAGGUGUUACUCUUACAUGGGCUUUCCCCAACACUUUUGCCUUGGAAGUCAUUGCCUUUAUUGACAUCAUUUCCAUAUGGUGGCAGGUAAUUGGAGGAUUUGUAAUUGUUAUACUACUUCCAUUGGUGGAAACAACCACACGAUCUGCUUCCUAUGUGUUUACGCAUUUAGAAGUGGGAUCAGCAAUUCUAUCCAGCAUUGUAUGGGAUUAUAUUUGGCUGACACGUUCAGCAUCCAGCUACUUGUAUGAUACGAGUAAUGAGACUGCGGGAACAUUUGUACCAGCUCAAAUAUACAGGAGUAAUUCCGUGUAGUAUUUCAUCUUCAGGAACUCUACAGGAGUAAUUGUGCUGUUGUUCGUGAUUUGGGGUCCAUUCUUCUUCGGUGGCCUCUCAGUAACUGGGUGCAGCUAGCUAGAGUGAUAGUAGCCUUUCAUCUUCAUACCAUAUCUGCGUAGGAGGAAGCGUUUGAGUCAUGAUUGGGUUUUUUAACCUCUUG